AUGGUGCUGCUUUCAAGCCAAAUCUCGCUCAUUACAAAUCUUCUCUCUCGCUUCGCCGGGGGGCGCGACUGCAUUCGUGCGCGACGUAAAUACGCCUGUUCGCCAAAACCUUAUUUGGAAACCAUCAAAAACCGUUUAAGCAGCCAACUGGCAAAUUUUCUUUUUCUUUCUUUUCCUCUUUCUUUUUCUUUUUUCUUUUCUUCUUUCUUUUCUUCUUUCUUUAUUUUUUUUUUCAUUAACUUUCAGCUUUUGAUAUCUUUCUUUGUUCUUCAUCCUUAUUUUUUCAUUGCUUUUCUUCUUUUCACAUCUCGUGGUCUUUCUUUAUUUUUUCCUUUAUUUCCCUUACAUUUCUUCUUUUCAUUCACUUAUAAUCAACUUCCUUUCUUUUCUUUUGUUUAUUUUGUGUUUUCUAACAUUUUUUGCAGAUCUUUAAACGGGUCCAAUUUCUCUAUUUUCCAAUAA